AGCAAAGCAGGGUGGAUGACAUCAUGGGCUAGGGAACAGUGAGCAGCCAGUGAAGCAUCCAGCCUGCCGAACAAGCUUGCUUUUAGGGUCAGGAACUGGUCUGACAAGAGAAUGGCAAUCCUGCCUUUAAACUGUCAUUAGGCCUGUACUGUUGACGAUGAAUCUACCAGAGCUCCGGGCUCAAAGGCAAAACACUGAGCAAGAGAAUGUGAAGACAUAUUUCAGGACAUUGUGAGUGCUACUAAAGAUGUCUGAUAGUGUUGAUAUUGAAGAGAAACCACCAGCCCCCCCCUUGAGAAUGAACAGUAGUUCCCGAGACUCUUCAUCACUGAAUCACGCCUCUAAACCGCUUCCAAUGGCUCCUGAAGAGAAAAACAAGAAGGUCCGUCUGCGCUCCAUCUUCCCCGGGGGAGACAAGACAAACAAGAAGAAGGAGAAGGAACGUCCUGAGAUAUCCCUACCCUCAGACUUUGAACACACCAUUCAUGUUGGCUUUGAUGCGGUAACAGGAGAAUUCACAGGUAUCCCAGAGCAAUGGGCACGUCUCCUACAGACCUCGAACAUCACCAAGCUGGAGCAGAAAAAGAACCCGCAGGCUGUGUUAGAUGUCUUAAAGUUCUACGACUCCAAAGAGACCGUCAACAACCAGAAAUACAUGAGCUUUACCUCGGGAGACAAGUCGGCACAUGGGUACAUAGCAGCAAACACUCUGAACCGACUGCUGUCAUCUGGGCCUCCUGUCAGCCUUAGAACCUGCAGCGCAUUAUUUGAAAAGGCUGCCAAAACAUCAUCGUCAGAGCCCCCUAUCGCUCCGCCUGUGUCAGAAGAGGAGGAUGAGGAAGAAGAAGAAGAGGAGGAGGAAGAGGAAGAAGAGGACGAUGACGACGAGCUGCCCCCAGUCAUUGCACCUCGGCCCGAGCAUACCAAAUCUAUCUACACACGCUCAGUCAUGGAGCCAAAGCCUCCCACCCCUGUGAAAGAAGUGGUGACUCCACCAGAGUCGCAGGUUCAGCCGGAUAACACGUCCAACACAAUGUAUCGCCACACUGACCGGCAGAGGAAGAAGUCCAAAAUGACAGAUGAGGAGAUUCUGGAGAGACUCAGGAGUAUUGUGAGCGUGGGGGAUCCCAAAAAGAAGUACACUCGCUUCGAGAAAAUAGGACAAGGAGCGUCCGGCACUGUGUACACUGCUAUUGACAUAGCAACUGGCCAAGAGGUGGCCAUCAAGCAGAUGAACCUGCAGCAGCAGCCCAAGAAGGAGCUGAUCAUCAAUGAGAUCUUGGUGAUGAGGGAAAACAAAAACUCCAAUAUAGUGAACUACCUGGAUAGUUACUUGGUAGGAGAUGAGCUAUGGGUGGUGAUGGAGUAUUUGGCCGGUGGCUCGCUGACAGAUGUAGUGACUGAGACCUGCAUGGACGAGGGCCAGAUUGCUGCAGUCUGCAGAGAGUGUCUUCAAGCCCUGGACUUCCUACACUCCAACCAGGUGAUCCAUAGAGAUAUAAAAAGUGACAACAUCCUCUUGGGGAUGGAUGGAUCCGUCAAGCUCACCGACUUUGGCUUCUGUGCCCAGAUCACUCCAGAGCAGAACAAGCGCAGCACGAUGGUGGGAACGCCCUACUGGAUGGCACCAGAGGUGGUGACUCGAAAGGCUUAUGGCCCAAAAGUGGAUAUCUGGUCCCUGGGGAUCAUGGCAAUAGAGAUGGUGGAGGGAGAACCACCCUACCUGAAUGAGAAUCCACUCAGGGCACUGUACCUGAUAGCUACCAAUGGGACUCCUGAGCUGCAGAACCCAGAGAGGCUGUCAUCUGUGUUCAGAGACUUCCUUAACCGCUGUCUGGAGAUGGAUGUGGACCGCAGAGGCUCUGCCAAGGAGCUUCUCCAGCAUUCUUUCCUCAAACUGGCGAAGCCUCUAUCCAGCCUGACGCCUCUGAUUGUAGCUGCAAAGGAAGCCAUAAAGAACAGCAGUCGCUAGGGUGUGACCUGUGUCCCCACCCGAGGCUGGAGCCCUGCCUGUGAUGUGUGCGUUCAUGGGGGCAGGGGCUUGGGUGUAUGGAUGGUGGGUGACGUUACAGUGACAGCACAAAGAGGGGGGGAGGGGUUUGUGUGAUUUACCGUGACAGCACAAGGACAAAUGACCCCCAGGCCUCGUAUGUAAGACGGACAUCUGGCCUUGCAGCCUCUCGGGCCCAUGCUGCUGAAAAGACUUUGCCUCCUUGUUUACUUUUCCAGCACUCUGUACAUGUAGAGCAGUCCAUCACAAGUGUGUGUGCGUUUGUGUGGGUGUGUGUGAGUGUGUACCAAAUCUGCACAUCUCUUUGUGUCAUAUGUCUUGUUUGGUAGCAGUCGCUUCCCAAACCAAGAAAUACAGUGAAAAAAAUGAAAAGACAUGCUCAUUUUCAAGCAGAAACUUAAGGAGCGAAGAGGACAAAGUGACAAAACUAUAGAGCCUGUGAUCUUUGUUCCUGCCCAGCAUUGGUUUUCUUUUCUCGAUUCCUUCCAUGGAGCACAAUCAGGCCACACUUACACCUGCAGUGACCAGCUGAUGUGAGAGAGUGACUCUGGGACUCUGGACCCAACCUUUGCCUGCAUGACUAAUGGCUCUGUGGAGAAACAUUGCUAGUGCUCCGUAGAUUGUCUCAUCUCAAGGUGGCAUAUUUAUGUGUGUGCGUGCGUGCGUGUGUUUGCGUGUGUGUGUGUUUGUGUGUGAGUAUAAGUGAGUGUAGGGGUGCAGCUACAGAGGAAUAAGUCACUAAUAAUUUCAAAUGACCUAUGCCAGCUUUAAACACCCUUCAUUAAUACACUUCAUAUCAGUGAAGAGAUACGGGUCCCAUAUUUCAUUUGAGCCAACUUCUUUCAGACAGUCUCUUCCAUAAAGUCACUGGUGUUCAGGUUACCUGCAGUUAAUUUGCUCAUUUUCUCUCAUAAACUGGCUACAUAAUAUCAAAUUUAAUGUUGUGUCUAAUUCAAAAAUAUUGAAACCAGAACAUGUGUGAGUCAACUGUAGCUCACACAUGCAAAUAUUUAAUUUUGGAUAUAAUAUACAUACUUUCUUAUUAAUUAUCGAGAGAAAAGGCAUGCAGUUAGAUACAUUUGAUUGCACUGAAAUAAAGAUGAUAUGUCGCACAUUUAAAUCAACAUUAGGUACUGAACACUCCGUAUUCCAUGUGGUAGAAAUUAUCAGAAUGACUUCAAACCAACGUCAGCUUCAUUACAAAUGCAAGCAAUGUAUCGGCAAAUUCGACAGAUAAUUCUAACAUGUAUGGUACAUAAACUGUAGCAUUCAUUGUGUACAAGCAUCUCAAAUGGGAUUAUCCAUAGAUAUGGAUAUGUGUGGCUUUCUAACCAUCUAUCUUAAUAAUGUCAAAGCAAAUUUUUAAUAGGUAUGAGAUAAAAAGAAAGACAAGUACCAGAUCAGAGACUCAACAGUCACAAAUAUAAAUGUUUUCAUCAAAAUAUCUAUAUUUAGGGAUGGAUUGUCAUUUUUAAAGAUGCUGGCACACAGUGGACCAACAUUUCAGCCUUUUAAAUAAGCUCAUUUUUGACAACAGUAGCAAAUAGAAGGUCAUGUAAUUAUUUACCUUUUACAGAGUUGAAGGUCUAGUGCCGCACAUUUUCACUGUUUCAACUAACUGCAACAAGUCGUGGAGGGAGAAAUACAUUUUCUUCAUCUUUUAAUACAUCAGUCAAAAUAACUUUAAAGUAUACACAGACAUUUCGAUGAAACAAGUUCUUCUCUUAUUUUCCAGAAGCCCGAGUAAUUACUUAUAAGUGUUGUGUGUGUCCUUUUGUCUUUUAAUGUUGUCUUAUGUGUCUUUUUCAUAUGAUCUGUAUUGUAGUGAGUUUUUGGAUUGCGUGGCAGAUCAGAGAGGGGGAAUGUUAUCCACUGAGCAAAGUAAUGGAGUGGAUGUCAUUUUAUGAUUGUACCUUGUCCUAAUGAGCACUGAAAACAGCCAACCUAGUAGAGGUUCAUGUUGUUUGAUAACAUUCCUCCCAUACCUGGUUAGUGUUUAAACUCAUUUCUGUACAGACAGUAUCUAUUUUGUGUCUGUAUUUAGUAGCUUCGUCAUGCAUUUCCCAUGUAGCAUCACUCUGUGUGUCUGCGUGUGUGUUUUUGCGUGUUAGGAGGCUACCUCAAUCUACACUAGAAGAUGCCUCACUCAUGUUGUCCACCUUCAUUAUGAGGUGCAGGGUAGCUGCUCAGUCAUUUUGUACCUCCAUUGUACAGCAAAUUAACAUAUGAUGGAGUGAUGUUAGACAGGAGGAUGCAACAGAAUUCAUGCAUGUAAAACAACUAUACACUGUAUCUCAUCUUCAAAUAGGUUAAGAUUGUUAGGAUAUGUAUGUAUGUAAAUAUGCCAGAAAAACACCCCUUUUUCAGAAAUAUGUAACUUAAGAAGACAAUAAUCAGGUUGCUCCAUGGUAUGUAUCAAUAAAUGUUUUGCACCCUGAAAAUCAAAAAAGAGAAAAACUAACAUGCUGGCACUCCUAGAUCUGGCUUUUCUGUUUGGGCUUUAUCGGACACUCCAUCUGGAAAGAGAACCGAUGAAUGCAGCACUCUGUGUGCGGGCCCACACAGUCUUUCUUGAGUACCGCUGCUGAGAGUUAGUGCGUGCUUGUGUGUGUGUGUGUGUGUGUGUGUGUGUGUGUGUGUGUGCGGCAGGUGUGGCUGGCCUGACAGGAAGCUUUGCCGGCUCCUGGGACGUUUGGCCUCUACCCCCAUGUACAGGUCUGUGAACUAUGAGCACAAAGGUGAAUUUCGGGACAAGAGACACCGUUGACGUGCCCCUUUUUCUGUGGUUGCUCCUGUACAUUCCUAUCUUCUGAAUGUGUAAACCUGUACACGUGGUGUGAAAAUUCCUCUAUUAAUGUGUAUCAAGAGAAUGGAACAAAGACAAAAAAUGUUACUUUUUAAAUUAUUAUCAUAUUAUUAUUAUUAUUAUUAUUACUCUUAUUAUUGUCUAGCUUUGUAAAACUGCUGAUUCAUCUGGCAUACCUCAGCAGGCCUUUCCCCAUCUUUGAAAAAGGACAAAUGAGUGACGGGGAAAUUAGGUUUUGGAUAAACUAUUUUUAUUUGUGGUUGAAGCAAUAGACUUUUUGAACUUUGAAUUGUGCAUGGCUGUGUCUUGAGUGUAAAAAAAAA